AUGCAAGCCUUCAGCAUUAAGAAGGAGUUGGCUGACAAGACUAAGGAGGCUCGUAGUUUGCAAAAGACCAUUAACAAGGCUAAGGCCAAGAUGAAGACUUUAAUAAACCAAGCCGAGGAAGCCAAAAAAGCUCAGGAUGAGGCCAAGGAGAGGGUUGGGGCCGCUGAAGCCAUUGCCAAAGUCCUCGAAGCCGAAAAGAAGGAGGCCGAGGCAAAGGCUGCUGAAGCCCAGGUCAAACUUAUUGCUGCUUUGGCCACAAAAGAGGCCGAGGUCAAAGCGGUGGAUGAGAAGGCGUACGAUGAGGAAGAUGAAGUCCCAAAAGAUGCCUCCCCCCAGAAGACAAACUCUGAGGUGCCAAUCGCCGAGAAGAGCCUUGAUCAAACUCUACAGGAGAUCGAUGCUAAGCUCGAAACUGAGAAGGCUACCGAGAAGUCUCCCCAACUGUCUUCUGGGGCCGAGACACAGUCCGCCGCCGACGCCGAGUAG